GUAUUACUGAUUCUUGCCUCAGCACAUUUCGCCCCUCAUGCAUAUAGAUUAUGCAAAGCUGAAUAAAAAGCGCGCAUCUGAAGCAGCCGCCACCACUUCCGGCAUGGUCAAUACUAUCACCCCCGGCAAUCCCAUGGCAGCCUAGCACAAAUGCUGGUGCUGUUUCGGGGCCACCCAUGUCCCACUACUCGCACAGCGGCCAUUCGCCGACUUCGAUAAUGCCACCACACCCGCAGCAUCACCAGCAGCAUCACCAGCAACAUCACCAACAGCAUCACCAGCAACAUCACCAGCAGCAACCACCGCCGCCUCCAUCCGGCCCCAGUUCCUACCAACAAGGGUACUCCGCUCCGCCCCCGCCACCCAUGCAUAGCGGUCAUCUUGGACACCACCCCCAGCAGGGAUCCUGGCAGCAACACCAGCCGCCGCCGCCGCACUACGUCCAACCGCCGCCGCCUCAGCACCACCAGGCUCCACACCGCCCGCAGAAUUACUACCAGCAGGGAUACCAGCAAGGGUACCAGCAGGGGUAUCCACCUGCAGCCACAGCAGCACUACCCACACCCACCCCCGCCUCCGUCGCAACACCAGCAGCAGCCCCAGUAUACACAGCACCCGCAGUAUCCGCAGCACGGAGUACCGUGAGCCGUACCCUCAGCAGCAACAGUGCUACCACCACAACCAGCCGUCGGAGAGUGCCCAGCACAUGCCACCCGCUCCCACGCAGUCAUCAGACACUGGACCGAACAAAACAUCCAUCUCUCGGAUGCUGAGCUAGUGGCAUUGCUGCUUCCAUAGCGGUUUUCAACUGUAGAAUUUGAGCAAAAAAAUUAUAGCGCGACCUAAGAAAUUGUGUCCAGCAGCGCUUUUUAGUGUCUUGUCAUCGACACACUGGUGAUGUAAGGCGUAUUGCAUGGUAACAGGUUAUCCA